AAUUUCAAUUGCAAUACUUCGCACGUCUAUGACACUUCUUUUCUUUUUCAGUGAUUUGUUUUAAACAUUCACAAAAGACUUCGGCGCCGGAAGCGGUUCCGUCCCCUCGCUGCUCUUUUGCACCGUCGCGUUGUCUUUGCACCCUCCCUGCUCUCUGCUUUCAGUCCUUGGUUGCCAAUGGCCGGCUUGACUUUUGGAAGGCUCUCGCCAAGUUUACAUAAAUCAAAAUCGAUGAGAUUCCUCUUCUGUUCAUAUUUUUCUGGGAAUGGGUUCGAUUUUACAUCUCUCCCUGCACAAUCCCCUGCCCUCCAUAAUUCUUGUUCCGUAUCUUCUUCGAUUCCUCUUUGUCAUUUGCGUGGUUUGCCCAUGAAAUCAUCCUCCGCCCUUGCUUCUUCUGUGACUCUGCGACCACUAAGCACCAAAUCCCCGGAAGAAGGUACUGAGGAUAAUGAAGAAGACGAACAGAAUCAUCAAUACGAAGAGGGUGAUAUUAUUGAUGAAUGGGAGGAAGAGGAUGAUACUGAACCUGAGAUUGGAGAUGGAGGAGAUGGUGGUGGAGUUGUAUUGCAGAAUGUCCCUUGGGGUGAGCGUGUCUUAUGCAUUGCUCGUGAAGUCUUGCUGCAGUUUGGUGAUGACAUGAAACUCUUCGCUUUCAAGACAACUCCUCGGGGAUACAUUUAUGUGAGACUAGACAAACUCUCAAACAAAUAUGGAUGUCCAAGCAUGGUGGAGAUUGAAGGUUACAAUCAACAAUAUAAGAAAAGAUUAGAUGAAACAGGAGCGCUGGGAGAAAUUCCUGAUGAUUUGGCAGUUGAGGUGUCAUCCCCUGGUGCUGAGCGGAUUCUAAAGGUACCAGAUGACUUGCAUCGGUUCAAAGACAUGCCUAUGAGAGUCUGCUACGUGGAAGAUGUGGAAUCUAAACAGAUGGAAAAGGAUGGAAUUUUCUUGUUGGAGUCCAUUGAUUUGGAAUCAGAGAGCUGUGAGUGGAAGUUGGCAAAUGUGAAGGAAAAUCGGGACCUUUUAAGCAAAGGUAGACUUUUUAGUCGUAAAAUGAAGGAUUGGAGAUUGAAACUGCCUUAUGCAAUGUGCACAAAAGUAACUUUAUAUCUUGAGUAUUGAAACUUGUUACAUACUUGUUUAUGAGGCCUAAAUGAUCACCUUUUUUUUUUUCCCUUUUUGGGUGGGGGGGCGUUAAUUUAGUUCUGGCAAGUAGAAAAUGCUAAUUUCGUGCAGCAUCAAAAUUGUGCCCUUGCGCCUUUUCUGUUGCACUUGGAUUCUGUUUGAGCAGCAUUUAGCUAUUUAGUUGUGUCCAAGUAAUCAUCUGGCUUUU